AUGGGCAACAGAAAGGGCCAAGGAAUUCAGAGCUCAGAAAUCUCUCCUAGCUGAAGAGUUCAUCCUACUCCUGGGACCCCUGCCCUUGAACAACAUCAUGAAAAGCUCUGUGGCUAUCCUCUCUGUCCUUAUCAUCACCUUCUAUCAGGUCUCUUCAUUAACAGUUGGGUCUGACAUUCCCACUGCUUGCUGCUAUUCCUAUAUCUCCCGGAAGAUCCCUCGAGCAUUAGUAGUGAAUCAUUAUGAGACCAGUAGUCAAUGUUCCCAGCCAGCCAUCAUAUUCUUCACCAAAAAGGGUUAUAAAGUCUGUGCCAACCCUCGUGAACCAUGGGUCCAGAAGUAUAUCAAAGAGUUGAAGAGAAGAGAGGCUUGAAAGCUUGGGGAAAAGAGUUCAAGUUCCUGCCAGUUUGAAGAAUAAGGAACCAGAGCCAGAAAGUCUCUACCACCCCCACUGGUGACAUCUGGGUCAAGCUGGUCUUGACUCAAAGCUCUAGAAUGUCACUAAUUACAAUUUAAGCUAUUUUUAUCAUAUUUAAUGCCUAUAACUUAUUUUUUAAUGUUAAAUUGUGUUGUUUAUAAGAUGUUUGUAGUCUAUGUAUCAUUCUCUCCCUCCAUGUCCCUUAUCCUUCUCCAUCACCUCAAAGACUGAUCUCAUGGUGCUAAUGUCUGUAAGAGUUGGUGACAAAGUGACUGACCCACAAAUAUAUUCUGAACAUUUUCUAUGAGCCAUGGUUUCCUUUGACCAAAGUAUUUGAAGAAAGUAAAAAAAAAUUUUUUUAAUAAAUAAAUUAAGCU